AUGAACAAGUUGCAAUGGAAUCUAACACCAGAUCAAAUCAGAGAUCGGACAGAUGCUCUCAUUCACAAAAGCAAACAAGUGUAUGACUCUAUCGGAGCAUUAGACAUGAAAGAUGUCACAUAUAAAAAUACACUGAUGGCUCUGGCAAAUAUGGAUGUUGAGUAUGAUGUGGAACACAGCACUCUUACUUUUCUACAGCAUGUUUCUGACAACAAGGAUGUGCGUGCUGCUUGCACUGAGGCUGACAAGAAGCUUUCAGAAUUUGAUGUGGACAUGUCUAUGAGAGGGGAUGUGUAUCAACGGAUUGUGGCUCUACAGAAAAAAUGUAAUCUCAAGGCCCUGAAGCCAGAGGCUAAGCGAUUCUUGGAGAGACUGUUGAAAUUGGGAAGAAGGAAUGGGUUACACCUACCAAAAGAAACACAAUUAGAGCUCAAGACUAUCAAGAAGGAAAUGAGUGAGCUCAGUAUUGACUUCAGCAUGAAUCUCAGUGAGGACACAACUGUUCUUCUGUUUACCAAGGAAGAACUGGGGGGCCUCCCAGAUGACUUUCUUGAUGAUUUGGAAAAAACUAGUGAUAACAAAUACAAGGUGACCUUAAAAUACCCUCACUACACGCCUGUCAUUAAAGAGUCUUAUGUCCCUGAAACCAGAAGGAAAAUGGAAGCAGCUUUUCAUUCUAGAUGUAAAGAGGAAAACACCAUUAUUCUUGAAAAGUUGAUUCCACUUCGAGCAAAAGCAGCAGAAUUACUGGGAUUUAGUUCACAUGCUGACUUUGUACUUGAGAUGAACAUGGCCAAGAAAGUGGAGAAUGUUGGCAAAUUCUUAGAUGAUUUAUAUGAGAAAAUGAAACCUUUAGGUGAGCAGGAGAGAAGCUUCAUUUUAGACUUAAAGAAGAAAGAAUGUGAAGCGCGAGGAUUGGAGUAUGAUAACAAAAUAAAUGCAUGGGAUAUGCAUUAUUAUAUGACACAGACUGAAAAAAUCAAAUAUUCCAUUGAUGAGAAUUAUCUCAAGGAGUUCUUCCCUAUUGAGUUCGUAACCACAGCAUUGUUGAGCAUCUAUCAGGAAUUGUUGGGUCUGACUUUCCAUCAAUUAGAGAAUGCUGACACUUGGCAUGAAAGUGUAACUCUGUACAGUGUUGAGGAUGCUACCACAUGUGAUGUUCUGGGUCAGUUUUAUCUUGAUCUGUAUCCAAGAGAUGGGAAGUAUGGGCAUGCAGCUUGUUUCGAUCUGCAGCCUGGAUGUCUACUGCCUGAUGGAACUAGACAGAUUGCAGUAACAGCUAUGGUAGCAAAUUUUACCAAGCCAACACCCGAUGCUCCUUCCCUUCUCCGUCAUGAGGAGGUUGAGACUUACUUCCAUGAAUUUGGUCACGUAAUGCACCAGAUAUGUGCUCAGGCUGAUUUUGCCAUGUUCAGUGGAACUAAUGUGGAAACAGAUUUUGUGGAAGCACCUUCCCAGAUGUUAGAGAACUGGGUUUGGGAGAAGGAACCACUUAAGAGAAUGUCACAUCAUUAUAAAGAUGGGAAUCCUAUUUCUGACUAUUUACUUGAGCAACUUAUUCAGUCAAGAUUAGCUAACACUGGUCUUCUAAACCUUUGGAAGAUUGUAUUGAGUAAAUUUGACCAGAUAAUCCAUUCAAAGUCAUCUGCUAAUACAGCAGAGGAGUAUGCCAAAUGCUGUGAAGAAAUUCUUGGAAUACCCGCUUCACCAGGAACAAAUAUGCCUGCUACCUUUGAGCAUCUGGCAGAUGACUAUGAUGGUCAGUAUUAUGGCUACCUGUACAGUGAAGUUUUUUCAGUGGACAUGUUCUACAGCCUCUUCAAAGAUAGUCACAUAAUGGAUCCUACGGUUGGUUUACAUUACAGAAAUUGUAUCCUUAGACCAGGAGGAUCUUUGGAUGGCAUGGACAUGCUCAGAAACUUUCUCGGACGUGAACCAAAUCAAAACGCUUUCCUUCUGAGUAAAGGAUUAAUGAUCAAACAUCAAAAAUGUCCUCAUUAA